AUGAAUAAGACCUGUCAUGACCCAGAUUUCUCACACGAUGAGAAUGCCGCCUACCGCGCCGAAUUUCUAAACACUGGGAAACCUUCACAAGGCUGUGAAAGAUUGAAUGUAGAAAAAGAACCACAGGCACUCCAUCCAAAUGCAAAAAAUGUCAGGAAAGGACGCAGAGCCUUCGACCCAGAACUACGGAACUUGGUUGCGUAUUUAAAACAACCGGAACCAUUACAAACACGAGAUGGAAGACGCGCAUUUGAAAAGACCUCCCGAGACUCUAACGGUCUUUCGCCCGCCCUGAAAUUGAAUAGUCAUAACACAAAACUGGAGCCUUUCGUUCCCAUCUGGCUUAGAGAUGACCAUGUUCUUUCGCAGGAUCAUUUUCUGGAUCUAUCGCCUGUCGCUCAAGAACUGCCAACAAGUGUUAAUUUACCACCUAUGUUCUGCGAGGAGGGGGCCGAACGAGCAUUAGAUCCGGAUGAUUACGAAGGAAUCUGCCUCGCGGUCCUUCAGGAAGAGUUUUCUAGGGUGGUCGACAAUCAAAUUCCCGUCUUCGAAAAACAACUGGAGUUAGAGGAGAAGAAAAGUAAGCUCUCUUGGUUAGACUAUUGUCUCUAUUGUUGCUGUGGCUUGGACAAAACAGGGUAUUUUACGUUGCUGAGAGAACGAGAAGAGUUUCAAGCUCGACCUUGGCUCAGAUUCGUAGGGCGUAGCGCUGUAGACAGUGAUGACUCAACAGAGAACGACGGAGCUCAUUCUUGGAUAGACGGCUACGAUCCAUGCCAACUUUGA